CUCUGCGUUUGCAGCCACAUUCAUGGCGGAUCGAGCUGGACGAGGGAUCUCUCGUCAGGUGCAUGACGUAACGAAAUCGUCGUCUGGCGCGGUGUUUCUUAGUGGCCAUUUUGUUUCCAACCGCACGACUGAUUAAGUUUCUAUCCUUAUAGGUGUCCGUCCUUCAGUCCUUUGGCCCGGCAUCGUGAUGGAGUCAAAGCGGUACGAACGCAGCGCCAGGUCGAAUACCGAAUCGCCACCUGCUCCGCCCUCGCCUCCUAUGUAUAGCACAAGUUACAGCACGACACACGACAACCACAAGAGCAGAGUCGGCUCGCGGCGUUCACCCUCGCCAAGCAUCGAUCAUCAUCGGAGCAGUAGAUCCUCGCGGAACAGCUCGCCGCUCCCGGAACGACGUAAGCGUCGUCGAAGCGGUUCCAGAUCGUCCCCGGUACGCUCCCAUAGACGAUCCAGAUCCAGCGACAAGGACCGCGAUCGCGACAGAGAUAGGUCGCGCAAAUAUUCCAGGAGAGACAGAUCGCGGUCGAGGUCGCGCGGCAGAUCUCGCUCGAGGGACAAAAGACGAAGCCGCAGUCGUAAUCGCAGCAGGGAUAGACACAGAUACAGGGAGAGCCGCAGGCAUCACACGAAUAGGGCACCCUCGUACGAAUCGGACGCUUUGGAGGAACACGGAGAGGGGGCGGGGGGGACGGUGUUGCAUCAAACGGCGACUGUUGUUCCGCCACCGAACGCCUUCAAGAACGACGGUAGUUUUAUGGAGAUGUUCAAGAAGAUGCAGGAACAAAUGCAGCCUGCAGCACAGAAACCUACCACUUCCUCUGUGCUAGAGGAGAAACCUGUAGUACCUCCACCAUUGAUGGUGGGCAAGAGAAGAGGUGGCAGGAUUUUAAAGACCGGCAUGGUGGCGAAACCAAAGACAGAACAGACGGUGGAGCAGCCGAAGGACGCGUGGUCGUUGUACAUGGCGGAGGUGAAAAAAUAUCGGGAGGUUUGCUGCCAGGAGGAGGAUAACACGCGACCGUUAGUUAAAUAACUUGGACAUUUCGCGUCGUCCCUUCUCUUUAUACACAUACUUGGCUCAUUAACUUUCUUCUAUAAGACAGCUAUAGUUUUAUCCUUAAGAAAAUCGUGGAACAAAUAUCGCUUCUGGAGGUAUCUUUUGUUUCGUUUCACCGCGAGCUUCAUAUUCAUCCAAGUUCAGCGUCAUGAGAUUUCUCUAUAAGGAUUUCUGAAACAGAAAAUAUAUGACGGUGAAGGGAAAAGUGGCCGAGAGAAGCGAACUCAUUUGUGAUAUAGUGUCGCGCGUGCUUUGAGAGACGAAUGGACGAGAGCGAGAGAGAAACAUAGAAUUUACCCUUACUGACGAAAAGAGGAUAGAAAGAGGAAGAGAGGAGUCAAAAUACAAUCCGCGAGAGAGUCUGUGCUAAGAUUUAGAGAUUAAAUAAUUUAUGACUU